AUGCCACCCUCCAACUCCUCAGAAGAUGACCUCGAACGUCGUGUCAUCUGUGGCUGUGCUGGUCUCAACAGAUACUUCAUACUAAUUCUCGGUCUACUUCAACUAUCUAUUUUGGGAUCCAGUUUGAUCGCUUUCAAUGCGAGUUUCGUUGCAAUGCAGGAUAAAACAACGUCACCACUUUACAACGGAUCCUUAACUGAUGACAUCAACUGGAGCAGCUCAGCUCUUCCAAUUGGUGAUCGUCGAUUCAGCUUCAGUUUUUUACAGAAGAGUCUCAAUUUUGCUGGUACGUGCGCUUUGUGUUGA